CUUUUUAGUUGGUAGCAUCUGGCGGAAAUCGACAAUCUGUCAUGGCUACCUCCAGUAGUCAUUCAAUGAAUUCCGAUUUAAUAGAUAAAUUUAUUGCAGUUACUGGUGCAACUCGAAAUGUUGCAAGGAACUUAUUGGAAGCUUGUGCUGGUAAUCUUGACAUGGCAGUUGGCAUGCAUAUGGACAAUGAUGGGGUUGGUCCUGCUGUUCCUGAAACUAUACCAGAAUCUCUUUGUAAUGAAAGUGACAAUGUUAGAGCUCCAAUACCACAGAAAACUGAAGUACUUAUUGAAGAUGAUCCAGGUGUAGCAGGUGCAUGGAGAAUGAGAAGGCCCAGACGACAGGUACCCUCAGUAUUUGAUGGAUUCAGAGACUUUCAAGCUGAAGCUUAUGAUUAUGAUGAAUCCCUGAGAGGUAAAAAGCCAUCAAAAAAGAGAAACCUAGAGGAUUUGUUCCGCCCACCCAUAGACAUAACUUAUAAAGGUACCUUUCAAAGUGCUAGAGAUGCUGGCUCAUCCCAAAAUAAAUGGUUGCUGGUUAAUGUCCAGAAUGUUCAAGAGUUUCCUUGUCAACUGCUCAAUAGAGAUGUCUGGAGUAACAUAGAGGCACGAAGUAUUAUCAAGAAACAUUUCCUUUUCUGGCAGGUUUACAAUGACAGUGAAGAAGGAAAAAGAUUCAUGCAGUUUUACAAACUAAAACAAUGGCCUUAUGUUGCUGUGAUUGACCCAUUGACAGGAGAAAAUCAAAUUGUUUGGAAUAAAAUAUCUGAUGGUGACACAUUUUGUAAACUAGCUCAAAAUUUUCUAAGCUUGAGUCCUGUUCCAAACUCUGGUUUAGCAUCACCACCUGCUAAGAGGCUUAAAAGGGAACCUUCCAUCAUUGAUGCCACAGAACAAGAACAGAUGGAAGCAGCUAUACAAGCUUCUCUGGUAGAGAACCAAGCUAAGCCCAGCUCACCACAGUAUAUAGAAUCUGAUUCUGAUGCAGAUCUACUAGAAGACUCUGAUGUAGAAACAUUUUCAGACUCGGAUGAAGUCAUUGUAUCUUCUCCACCUAGGUCCAAUGGACAUUCUUCCUCUUCAAAAGUCAGUGUUUCCAAACAGUCCAGCAAAGAUCUGACAAAUCCUAAGCAUGAACGUUUAAAGCAACCCUUACUUCCAUCCUCCAGCCGGUUGCCGUCACCCUUUUCUCGUCCAUCCUCAUCUGCUCAAUCUUCGUCCAGUAAUUUAUCCAGAGUCUCUAGUACCUUAGACAUUUACCCACAGGAAAGUGUUGGCCCCAGUUCUAGUCCACGACAGAACAUUUGGGCUGGCUCUUCCUCCCAACACACAGGGCAUGACGCUCCCCUUGAAAUAGACACUGAUAGUUCUCUCAUUGACAUGAUAGGCAGUAGAGAGGCUGAGGUGUGUACGCCAGAUGUCUGUACAUUGGAUGACUCUCCAUACAGUUCACAGCUUGCAUUUGAUUGCAGCUCUGACAGAACAGAUGGAGUAGUUGAUGAACAUUCUUGGAAAAUACAUUGGGGUAACCCUGAAGAUCCAGUGAGUAAAAUUUUAAUGAGAUAUCCUGAAAACAAGAGAGAGCAAAUUGAGUUACCCAACUCAUCAAAACUAAAGGCCUUAUUUGUUCUAUGUGCUGCUAAAGGUUUUUCUGCUGAUAAGUUUGAACUUGUGACAAACUUCCCUAGGCGUAAGCUCUCCCAAAUGGAUGGAGAGACUACAUUAAAAGAGAUUGGACUAUACCCACAAGAAACAGUUUUUGUUCAAGAUAUUUAAUGUUUGUAAUUUCACAUAGUGAUGAAAUGAUUUAGGUCAGAAAUCUGAGAAUUAAUAUUGCUUCAGUACUCGUGGUACUGAUCAGGCAAAUAUUAGAACAAGUUACAGCAGAAGGAGUGCCAGACAUUGUUCUGUAGUAAGUUAUGUGUAUGCUACAUUUAGUAUCAAAAUGAUUUUUUAUUUAUUAUACCAGAAUAAUAACAGUGAGGAACUACUUGAGUAAGCCUAUAGUUUUAGUAGCCUACAAAAGUAAUAAGCCUACAAAAGUAAUAAGGAAAACAAAUUUAAAAAAAAUUUAAAAUGAGUGGCAUAUAGUAAUUUUUUUGCAGCUCCUGAAAGGGGAAAAGCCACUAUUUGUUUUGUGUUUCUGCCUGAUGUCCGUCUGCUUGCCUGUCAUGUUAAGAUCUGAAAAAAUUGUUCAUUUUCAUAUUUUGCAGCUUGCAAAGAUCUUGUGCUGGGGCUACUUUUUAUCUUCUGAAAAACUAACAUUUUGUUUUUUAGAUUAAAUAUUAAAGUAUUUGUUCCUUUAAAAAUAUAGAAUUCACCAUUUAAAAACUACUAUUUUACUAGUUAAAAAAAGGGGGAGCGCUAUAUUAAGUAUGGGAGUUUAUUUCUUAUAUAUUUUAUAUUUACACAAACAGCUUUGUUAUUCACAAUAAAAUGUUGUAAAAGUUUUUUUUUAACUAAAAAGUGCAAUCUACAGAAUAUUUUUUGUUUUGAAUAGAAAGAAUGCAUUUUGUGUCUAUGUAAUUGAAUAUAUUUUAAAACAAGUUUUACUACGAAGUGUUUCAUGUAUUGUUGGUGCUACCACAUCAGCUGAUCUCUUCAGACCAAAGGGAAGGGCUCUUACAUAGGCCUUGAACAAGAGAUUGGCCCUUCACCAAACAUCAGUUAAAUAAUCAUUUAAUAACAUCCAUUAGGCCAGGCUUACGCUGAACCGUAAUCUUAUAACAAUCAUUUCAUUGAAUUCAUGAAUAUCAUCAAAGUAAAAAUAAUAAUGACAACAUUAAUAUAUCUCUAUACCCUGCGGUAUCAUGCUGUUUGCCGGACUAAUAAUACAAUCAUAACGGCAACACUUUUGACCCACACGUUUCUUUUGUAUGAACAGAGGUAGGUUUGUGGUUGUUGAUAGUUUGUAGCUCAUAGCUUCGGAUAUUAAUGCUGAGACUGUCUGGGUGAACCACUUUGGGGACAGCUUAUGAAUUUGUAUUUCCACACAAAAUCUUUAGUUUUUAUUUCUUAUUCUUUGCAAGCUGAGGCUUUUAUAUUAGCAUGGCAAUCUGAUUUGGAGAGUAAUCAAUUUAAUUUGAUAUCCUUUAAAUUUCAGGAAGUUAGGCAAUUACACAACAGGAUGAUGUUUAAGUUAAUCCAUGAUUGUACAUGACCUUUCUAGAACAUAUACUAAUAGUUUGUUAUUCCUGAACAUUCAUGAUUAUAUAUAAACAAACCAAUUUUGUUUGUAAACUUUUACAAAAAAUAAUGUCUUAAUAAAAUGUGCAGACAUGAGGCUAGGCCAGUAACAUUAGUUGCUUAUGGUUGGUUGUAACAUUUAUUCAUUUAAUUUGUUUGUUUUCUUUAAAAAAUGAAGGAUAUCUGAUACAUUUCUGUGAAUGUGAUAGAGUUGUCUGCUACUUCCUGCCCUCACUGUUCUGUUUGACCUGUUGUGCUCACUAAGCAGAGUCUGUGCUCCAUCUGCCGGACUUGCAUAUUUCAGAGCUCACUGAGACCUGUUUUUUUUUAUUUCAAAACAUUUUUAAAUUGCAUUUUGAUUGAAUAUGUAACAUUGUGACUGUUCAGAGCUAAUGGACUACAAUUUAUCUGGGUACAAAUUAAAUGAAUUAAACAAGUUGCUUCUACAUCUUCUGAAAUUUGUUUCAAUAAUAAACAAUUCUACCCCCCCCCUUUUUUUUUCUUUUUCUUUCUAAUGUUGUAAAAUGUAUAUUAGUGAACCGGUUCAAAAGGAAUAUACUUGAAGAAAACAUCAUAACCUCUCACCUUUAUUAGAUACAUGUAAUUAAAGUGAUAUCAAUAAAACCCUAAUCAAUUAGACCAACAAGUAAUUUGUUUGAAUGUUUCUUGUCAGUCUGAAUGUUGAAUAAAACAUUACUGUUACUGUAUGAUCAUUAAUGAGUUUAUUAUUUAAAUUUCAACUGUAAAUAUUGUAUGCAUAAACAAAUUAGUGUGUGUGUGGGUUUUGGAUGUGUACAGCAUUAAUUGUUGUACAACAUGUACAUUGUGUGAUGUCAGAGGUUGUGUACACACGAAGGUAGAGUUUUAACUUGUACAAUGUUUAUUAUUAUAACAAAGUUUUACUGUAUGGCCUUGUUCAACAAUAUUUGUAUUGUCAGCAUUUGGUCUCAAUCCACUGUACCAUUAAACAUUUUUAAUUUA